UUACAUUUUAUGUACCAUUGCAUUUCCUGCUUGAAUUUUUAGAGAAUGCUCUUGACUAACCUUACCCUUUCUUGAAUCAUGUAAAUUAUACGAUGAAACAAGUAGCUAAUUGAGUUAGAGAUGCUGCUAUUUAUCACCCCUGAUGAUAAUUCUGUUUAUCUAAAACUGGGAAAAUGUGGAGGAUCCCACAGAGAAUGAAAAGGAUCCUGUUCAGUGCUUACUGUGGAAGUUGUGGAAUUCUGCUAUUUGCCAACAAAGUAGCAUGGACUAUUGAUCUCAUAGGAAACUCUAUGUAUCCCGCCAUUCAUUCCAAUGAUAAAGCAUUGAUUGAGUACCUAACUGUUUCAAACUACAGAGUACAGAAAGGUGAUGUUGUUAUUUUAAAGAAUCCAUAUAAGCCAACUCAUCUGGUCUGUAAGAGAAUAAUUGGUAUGGAGCAUGAUUACAUCACUAACGAAGAUGGAAAAAUCAUUAAGGUUCCAAAAGGUCAUGUCUGGAUAGAGGGGGACAACAAAGCGGACUCUGAAGACUCUAGAGAUUAUGGCCCUGUCCCUUAUGGGUUGCUGGAAUCCAGGGUCUUUUUCAGGUGGUGGCCUACACGCAGGAUGGGACCUAUUAAGCUUCCCGGGGAAGAAGAUAUUCUAGAGACAAGAGUGAAAUCUGGGCUGUACUUGAGCAGGAGCAAAGAGAGUGAAGAGCAGUAGUUUAAUGUUUUAAAUUGUGAAAACAUUUUGAAUUUACUUUACAUGUACAUGUAUUUAUCUGAAAUACAAUCUUGAUUCUGUUAUAUAUGAAUAUAUCAUAAACCUGUGCCAAAAUUCA